GCAGUUUCAUCGAAAAGUAACCUCACGAUGCUAACUCGUGCACAUCAACUAUUGACAGAUACAUACGAAAUUGAUAUCUUGAUGGUGGCUGAUUAUUCACUUUAUAGUGGUUUCAUUGAGAUGGCUAAUGGUGACGAAUAUUCAGCUCAAUUUGCCGUCAAUAACUAUCUGAACGCCAUUUUCGAGCAGGUUCGUGCUAUUUACGAGAUGAACAAAAUAAAUGAUAAUGAAAUUGUUUCGCUGAAUUUAAUCGCAACCUUCGUCGUGAUUCGACCAGAGGAUUGUCCGCUGAUGCAAGUGAACGAUUUCAAUAGCACUAUAUAUGGUGGUACUAAUGGCACUGAUAAUAUCACUUCUGAUGCAAAUGACUACGAAUUUGAUAAUUCGACCAGAUUCGAUUUACUCUCAUCGAAGGGUGACUCAUCAACACAAGGCAUGGCUUAUGUUGGUUCAAUGUGCCGAGGGAAUGGCGAAUCAUCGAGCGUGGUUGAGGACAUCGGUGCAAUGGCAACCUCGAUGAUUGCUGCUCAUGAACUUGCUCACAGGUUUCUUGACCCCUCUGAAGGCCCAAAUGAGAUGAACAGAAAGCAGAUGAGAAAUAUGGAAUGUUACAGUCUAGGUGCCUUUCACGAUGGUUCCGGAGACAGUAGCAGUUGUGCUGGUACGUUGAACUAUAUGAUGGCUCCAAUGGUAUCUGGUUCCGAAGAUGAGCACAAAUUUAUCAAUUCAUUCAAACUUUCACAAUGUUCCAUGAAGCAAAUUGAAGCGUUUCUAACAAAUGGGACUUCAUUGUGCUUGAGACGUCAUCGCGGAUAUGAGAAACGGCCUAGACGUACGUCUUCGUCAGAGGGACGAAAAAAACCUGGCGAAAUAUUUCUUCAACAACACCAGUGCAAAAUUGCGUUUGGACCUCAUUACGGUGUCUGCAAGCAUCCUGAAUAUCAAAAGAGAAAAGAUCCAUGCAAACGACUGUGGUGUAAAAACAGAAAUACGAAAAGAACGGCAUCUUGUGAGACGAAGGGUUAUUUGCCGAUGUUUGACGGCACCAAAUGUGGUACUAAUAAGUGGUGUAUAUUCGGGAAAUGCGUUGAUAAUGGCAACGAAGAGGACAGUUUAGUUGUAACGUUCGAAAUUUUAGGUUGUGUUGAUCUGAAUACAACAAUGUGUGACACGUUAUCAAUGGUGAAGCGGAAGAGAUUUUGUAAAUCCGUAAAAUUUCGUUCAAUUUGCUGUUUCACUUGUUCGACACUAAAAUCCGACAAAAAAUCUUAA